AUGCACCUUAAUUCACGUUCUCAUCGGUGUGCACAGGGGUCUGGACAUGCCAGCAAGAGUACUGCGAGCAACAUCAACGACAAUAUCGCAUCACAACCUUAUUUAAACACUACUCUGAACUUCAAGCAUGUUAAGCCAGCUGCCACUGUCAACGAAAACUCACCCAAGCCAACAGAAUACACAGUUGGGUGGAUUUGUGCUUUACCAGAAGAAAUGGCGGCAGCUAAAGGAAUGCUCGACGAGGCUUUUCAAGCCCCUAGGCAGGGUCUACUGGACGAGAACAUUUAUGUCGUUGGCCGGAUCGCCCAUCUUAAGACGGUCAUAGUGUGCUUGCCAUAUGGGGUUGCAGGAACGACGUCUGCGACUCGAGUGGCAGAACACAUGCGUCAGACCUUCACUUCAUUGCAAUACACUCUGUUGGUGGGUGUUGGGGGUGGUAUACCAAGUAAGAAAGUUGAUGUGCGGCUAGGGGACGUUGUAAUCAGCGUACCUUCACCUGAUUCACCAGGAGUCGUCCAAUACGAUUAUGGCAAAGAUGUCCAAAACGACCGGUUUGUAACGACGGGCCACUUGAACCAACCCCCAGCUAGGCUGCUCAGCGCUGUUUCACAACUCAGAUCCCAGGAAGUAUCAGGGUCAUCUGGAUUAACGUUGUCCAUUGCGAAGAGUAUAGCCAGAUUGCAAGCUCGAUACUCAAAUUCAGAACGUAACUGGUCGUACCCGGGCGUGAGCAAUGACCUUUUGUUUAACAGUGGUUACAACCAUGAAGGGGAGUAUGUCACAUGUGCGAGGUGUGACGCAGACUACUUAGAAGAGCGCCCACGACGCGAAAGCACCCAGCCUAAGAUUCACUAUGGAACGAUAGCAUCCGCCAAUCGAGUCAUGCGUAACGGGGCUACCCGCGAACGACUACGCUUGGACAAAAAUGCACUAUGUGUCGAAAUGGAGGCGGCUGGGCUUAUGAACAACUUUCCAUGUCUGGUAAUUCGGGGAAUCUGCGACUAUGCCGACUCCCACAAGAAUAAGGAUUGGCAGCCAUACGCUGCGGCAACAGCGGCUGCAUUUGCAAAGGAGCUAUUGUCUAUCAUGCCAAAACACAUAUAA